GAUGCAUUUGGCGUCGCAGUGCAUUAAAAAUAAUAACCCGUGUGGCCGCCAAACGCGAUGAAGAUCCUGUUCAUUUGCAUCGGAAAUUCGUGCCGCUCGCCGAUGGCCGAAAGCGUGAUGAAAAGCACAGCCGCCAGGCACAAUCUCACUGAUUGGCACAUCGACAGCGCGGCGUUGCGUGAGUGGAAUGUUGGCCGCCGGCCGGAGGAACGAGCCCUCGCGGUGCUGGCGGAAAAUGGGCUCUCGUCGGACCACGUCGGGCGGCAGAUUUGCCCGGAUGAUUUCCGUCGGUUCGAUUACGUCUUCGGUAUGGACGAAUCGAACAUGGCCGACCUGCAGGAGCUGGCGCCGGUCGGGUGUAGCGCGAAAAUAGAGCUUCUCGGGAAGUACCGCGGCAAAGAGCUAGACAAGAUUAUUAUCGAUCCGUAUUUCGAGCAUGGAAUUCAUGGCUUCCGCAGGUGCUUCGAUCAGAUCGUGAUUUGCUGCGAGAACUUUGUGCAAAUGCACUGCAAAGCUGGGCUGUAAUCCGUGCGGUACGA